UGAACGGUUGUUCGCGCGGAUGCUAAAAAGCAUUUACCGUUUCGAACGUGCGGCAUUUGUUAUCAAAGAAAGAGAGUGCUUUGUUUACGCGUGAAAUUGCAAAUAAGAAAUUGUAGAAUCUAAACGUAAGACAAACGCAAACGCAAGCAAAGAAAAAGGAGUUGGCUUGCAUUAAAAGCGCAGUCGAUCAAUUUAAGUGCGACGGAGACACAGCCCCAAAUAAUUGUAUUGAUUUUCUUGUGUGUGUUGUGCGGUGUCUGCGAAACCGAAAUUGCGAGCUUCAAGCAAACAACAAUUACUUUUGCUACCGUUGGGUGUUGUACUACAGCAACAACAACAACAAGAACCACGACAAUGUAGUAAACUAAACGCGCAUUAGUAAGUGUUAUUAACUAAGUCAAGUGGCAUUGUUGCGAGAGAGCAACGCAAGAGGGCACAAUAAACGCAAUAACAACAACGAAAUAAGCAAAAGUUCAGCGCUUUUGUUUGCAAGCUGCAUGUGUGUGUGUGUGUUUGUGUUUGUGUCGCUCUCUGUGUGUUCAAGUGUGUGAGUGAGUGUCUUGUGUAUUUAAGAUGAUGCCGAGAUGAAUAAAACAAGCAAAAAAAUGUGUUGAGCAAGUUGGAAAUUGUCAUUGCAUAAAAUACAAAACAAGACAAAGCAACUGCAGAAAGUAUAAGUGAUAGUGGGAGUGGCAUUGAAAGCAAUUCACCCAUUGCAAUUGCAACUAAAGGAAAAUGUGGAUACCAUCUAAUAACAAAUACGGCGUUGCCAUACACAAUUGGCAUGGCGAUGUGCGCUUUGGCCUGCCGCUGGACGUUGGCGACUCCGUGGACAUUGUGGAGGAGUGCAAGUAUUGGUAUCGCGGCUCGUGUCCACGCAAGUCGCGCACUGUUGGUCUCUUUCCCAAAACCUAUAUACACAUCAAAGAUCUCUCCAAGAUUGAUCCAGUUGUGGCCGAAUGCACAGUCGUGCUACGCGAAUGGUCAGAGAUCUGGAAACGCCUCUAUGUGGAUCGUGAGGCAUACAAGUUCCAAACGCUGCGCAAAGUUAUGUUUUCCAUAUUGGACAGUCGCCGGGAGCUGCUUAGUGCGACUAUGACUCAGGAUCAGACAACCGAGCUACAAAUGGUAGUGGUAUCAAAAAUUGAUUGGGGUAAUCGUAAAUUGGGGCUGGAUCUGGUGCCGCGUGUGGGGCCCUUGGCCGUAGAUCCGCAUAGCAUUGGCAUUGUCAAGCUCUACAAUGUGCACGUGAGCAGUGCGGACAAUGCGAAGGCGUCAUCCAGUCGCGGCACGUUGCGGCGCAAGGCGCAGCGCAAGAUUCUCAGUCAUCAUUUGUACUUUUGCAUGCGUGACUUUGGUCAUCGCAUUGGCGGCGACGAUGCGGAGGUUUAUUUCUUUCUCUACGAUGGCUGCCACAUGCGCGCAGUGUCCGAGCGCUUUCUGGUGAAGAUCUCCAAAGAUGGUUUCUCCAAUUAUAUAGAAAAAUUGCAUAGCAAUUGCAGCGUCUUUACUGAUCUAGGUGCUGCUGAUCUCAAUGAGGAGCUCUAUUUGGUGGCCGUGGUUAUGCGCGUGGGCAAGAUCAUACAAUCGGACUCGAUUAAGAAGACUGAGAAGCAUAAUGCUGCCGCCGCUGGCGCCAUCUAUCGACGUCCAUAUGGCGUGGGUGUGUUGUCGCUGGCGGACAUUUGCCAGUUCGAUAGCAAUCUGGAGCAGCAAGUGUCCGAGGAGCGCGAGUAUAACUUUAAGCUGUACCAGAGCGAGGAGAAGGACUUUCAUUUGCUGCCCGAGCUGAUUAUUAAAAAGUCCACUGGCAAAUACUCUCCCAUACAGCCGGGCAAUCAAAGCACCCAAGGCAUUGUCGUUUCACUCAAACUGCUGCAUGGUGGACUGGGUCAGGCGCGUCAGGAGCAGCCGCUGCUGUUCCAGGGCACCACCAUAACACGCAAGACUGGCUUUGCCGAUGUCAUUAUGCCUGGUGAUGUGCGCAACGAUCUGUUUCUGACGCUGGAGCGCGGCGAGUUCGAGCGCGGCGGCAAGAAUACGGGCAAAAAUAUUUUGGUCACUGUGCUGGUUUUAGAUGUAGCCGGCAAUGUGCUAGCCGACUGCUUGUGGGGCGCCUCGGGCAUGGACGCACUGCCGCACUAUCGCUCCAUGAUACUUUAUCAUCAGAACGCGCCCAGCUGGCAGGAGAUGCUGCGUCUGAGCGUGCCCAUUGACAAGUUUGCCAGCGCGCAUGUGCGCUUUGAGUUUCGUCACUGCUCCACGCGCGACAAGUCGGAGCCCAAGCUGUUUGCGUUUAGCUUUGCGCGUCUGAUGGACACCAGUGGCGCCACACUGGGCGAUGGCCAGCAUGAGUUGUUUGUGUACAAGUGCGAGGAUCCGGUGAAGCUGCAGGCAGCAAGUUAUUUGCGUUUGCCCUGCCGGCACAGAGAUGCGCAGGCGAAGCUGGACUGCGUCAGUUGCUUUAGUCGCAGCUCCAAGGAAGUUUUUGUGCUGCGCUCGCUGCUCUGCUCCACGAAGCUAACACAGAACGCGGAUUUGCUGUCGCUGCUGCAGUGGCGCGCGCAUCCGGAGACUAUACAGGACUCGCUCACUGGCGUGCUGCGCUUGAACGAUGAGGAGCUGGUCAAGUUUCUGCAGGAUGUGCUGGACGCGCUGUUUGCCAUGUUCUCCAACGAGGAGGGCAACAGCACGCAGCACUCGGGUUUGGUGUUCCAUGUGCUGGUGAGCAUCUUUAGUCUGCUGCAGAGCAACAAGUUCCAGCACUUUCGUCCUGUGAUGAACGAGUACAUAGAGAAUCACUUUGCUGCCGCUUUGGUCUACAAGGGACUGAUUACCUCGGUGCAGCAUAUGGCAGUGUUUAUGACCAAGGCCGAGCAUCCGGAUCCGUUUCAGAAAUGCUUUGGCUCGCUGGAGUACAUCUUCAAGCUGUUGAUACAGUCGCGCAAGCUGUUCGCACGCGCCACUGGAGGGCAGUACGAGGACAGCUUUAGGCGUGAUCUGCACUCGCUGUUUACAGCGCUGAAUGGCAUGUUGUCGGUGCCGUCGUAUGACGUCAUUAUACCCACACAAGAGGCGCUGCUGAACUCCACAGGCGUAGUGCUGGAGCAGUUGAAGGAUACGCUGCCAGCACCAGAGCUGGGCAUGCUGGCGCGCAAUAUGCUGGACGCCAUACCACGCAAUGCGCCCAUUCGACUCAUACAAGCCAAACUGCAGGCAGUCAAGGACUUGGUCUCCGGCGAGCUGUUCCAUGAGGAUGACUCCCGCACUGUGGUCUUAAGCGUCGCCUGCAAACAUCUGCGCAUGCAUCUCAGUCGUCGCGAUGAGCUGCGUCUGUGCGCUGAAAUUCUCGCCGAGAUUUUGACGCAGCUCUAUGAGCUGCAGCGUGAGCAGCGCGACAAAGUCACCAAUACGCUGCAGCAUGAUCUGGACUCGCUCUGCAAGAACAUUCUGGGCAUACUCAUACGCACCAUUAGCAUUAUAAUGGAAGGCUCCAAUGCAGUGCUGCCGCAGCUGGUGUCCUGUUUGCUGGGGCUGCUGCAGCUGCUGGAUGAGACGCACUACAAGCGCUACUGGGACGAGCUAACGCCAAACAAAGAUCCACGCGAUCUGAAGGACUUUCUUAGCAAGUCGCUGUUGGUGUACGAGGAGCUGCUUACACAGGAUUGGCUGGUGUUUCCCAAUGACUGGCUCAUUAUGAAGCUGGCGGCCAACGAUGUGCUGCGCAAAUCACUCGAAGAGUUUGCCAAGCCGCUGGUCUAUCGCUUUCUGGGCCUGCAGGCGUUCGAUUCACAGCUCUGGUGGAGCUACUUUAGUCUGGCUGUGACUUUUCUCACACAACCCUCGCUGCAGCUGGAGCAAUACAGAGAGCCCAAGCGUCUGAAGAUUCUACAUUCGCAUGGCGAUAUGCGUGUGCUAAUGGGCUUCCAAAUACUCAGCAUGUGGUCGCAGCUGGGCGAGCAAAAGCUGCACUUUAUACCCUCGAUGGUGGGUCCAUUCCUGGAGGUGACACUGGUGCCGGAGCCAGCGUUGCGCAAAGCUACGCUCUCGGUUUUCUAUGACAUGAUGCAGUGCGAGCAGGCUGCUCGUGGUUCGUUUCGUUUGGUGGAGAGCGAACUUAUCGAUAAGCUGGACUUGCUCAUAAGCGAGAACAAGGGCGAUGAUGAGUAUCGCGAGCUUUUUAGCACCAUCUUGCUGGAAAAGGUGCAUACAGAGAAUCCCAAUUGGAAGGAUGCAGGCACUGCUUUUAUAGCUUCGGUGACACGUUUGCUGGAGCGGCUGCUCGACUAUCGCAGCGUCAUGCAGGGCGAGGAGAAUCGAGACAAGCGCAUGACUUGCACUGUUAAUCUGCUAAACUUUUAUAAAAACGAAAUCAAUCGCAAGGAAAUGUAUCUAAGAUAUAUCUACAAGCUGCACAAUUUGCAUCUGCAGGCGGAGAAUUUUACAGAGGCAGGCUUUACGCUUAAGCUGUACGCUUCCAUGCUGAGCUGGGAUCGCGAAACGCAAAGCUUCGCGCCCUUCGACAACAGCGGACAGCCCGAGUGGCAGCGCAAGGAGCGUCUGUAUCAUGAGAUACUCAAAUACUUUGACAAGGGCAAGUGCUGGGAGAAGGGCAUACCGCUCUGCAAGGAGCUGGCGCAGCUGUAUGAGACGCGUCGCUUUGACUACAACAAGCUGAGCGAAAUACUCAUACUGGAGGCCAAGUUCUUUCAGAAUAUUCUAACACAGCUGCGUCCCGAGCCGGAAUACUUUCGUGUUGGCUUCUAUGGCAUGGGCUUGCCGCUUUUUGUGCGCAACAAGCAAUUUGUGUAUCGUGGACUGGAGUAUGAGCGCAUUGGCGCAUUUACGCAGCGUCUGCAAACAGAGUUCCCCAGCGCACAGAUACUGGGCAACAAUAGUCCGCCGGAUGCAUCUAUAUUGAAUGCCAAUGAGCAGUUUAUACAAAUAAGCAAUGUGCGUCCGGUGGGCGAUGCGCAGGCGCUGAAGACUGCGAUGGUGCCGGUGCCGGAGAAGAUUGCGCGCUUCUAUGAGGUGAACGAUGUAACGCGUUUUAUUUACGAUCGACCCAUCUACAAGGGACCUGUGGACAAGGACAACGAGUUCAAGUCGCUGUGGAUUGAGCGCACCACCAUGGACAUUGCCAGUCCGCUGCCUGGCAUUCUGCGUUGGUUCGAGGUCAAGCAGAAAUCCAUGCAGGAGCUAACGCCAGUGGAGUAUGCCUGCGAGAUUAUAAGCAAUGCCGGCAAGGAGCUGGCCGAGCUCAUAGUGCAGUACAGACGUGAUCCAAAGCGCAAUAUUAAUCCAUUUUCCAUGCGUCUGCAGGGCACAAUCGAUGCCAAUGUCAUGGGUGGCAUUAGCAAGUACCAGGAGGCGUUCUUCUCGGAGCAUUUUCUCAAAUCGCCGCAGGGCGCCGGUCAGCAGGCGAAUGUGCAACGCCUCAAGGUGCUGAUCUUGGAGCAAAUACAGAUUCUGGAGCAGGCACUCGAGCUGCACGGCCAGCUGGCGCCAAGUGGUGUCCAGCCGCUGCACAAUCGUUUGCUCGAGCGUUUCUCGCAGCUCAAGCAAAGUCUCUCGGGCAUGGGACGCCUCAAGCGGCAGCCCUCGGAGAGUAUAGUGAAUACGCCGCUGCCACCGCUGCCCACGGAGCAGCGUCAACAGCAAUCGACAAGCGCCACCAACAGUGGCAAUCUGGCUGUAGCCAACUAUGUGUACGAUCUGGACGAGAUCUAUACGCGACCUGGCGACACUUUGCGACCCGUCGAGGCCAUGAAUUCAUAUCAAACUUUAAGCAAGGAAAGCCUCAGCAUACCCUUGGUGCUGGGCGAGCAGACGGCUGAGGCGCCACCCGUGCCCAAUCGUCCGCGCUCGCAGCACUUUGUGCUGAAUGGCGCCAUGGACAGUCCGGAGGUGCCGCCCAAGCGUCAGCCAGCAACAGUCAGUUCACCCAAUGCGCCGCCGCUGCCGCCACGCGGCAUUACGCCGGACAAGCGCGCCUCCAAUCCAUUGAUCUUCAAUGACUUUGGCGCCAGCACAGACAACGCAGCGCGUCGUCACUCCGCCCAGCAGCAGCAUGGCCAGAAAUACUCGGUUGUGGACAUAAGCUUUGACGAUCCCGAGGCUGAUCAGCAGGCGCACUCGCUGCCGCAUAAUCUGCAAGAGGCUGGCAGCCAUCUGAGCGUUUGCUUUGCGCCCAAUGAUUUUCGCGAUUCGGGCAUUUCCACAACCAGUUCGCGUGAGCUCAAUCUGAAUCCGCUGAACAAUCUAAGCGAAGAGUCAUCCAGCAUUUCCAUGAGCACAGUGCAGCAUCGCGAGCAUUGUCGCAUUAGUUCCAAUGGCAGCAUGGAGCUGAAUGGCGCCGCAUUGAAUAUAACGCUGCGUGAGAGCAGCAGCAGUUCCUUUGAUGUGGAGGAUAUACCGGUGCCACCGCCGCCCAUACCGCCCAAGGGCGUAACGUUCAGCAACGGCAGCGACGACUCACACAAUCAUUCCAUGCACAAUCACAGUCAUCCACACACACAUACUCAACAACAGCAACAGCAACAGCAGCAGCAGCAGAAUGGCCUUGGCGACGGCGAUGGCAGUGGCGCCUCGCCCCAGCAUCUUGCCAAUGGCAAUGGCAAUGGCUUGCCGCCGCCAGCGCCAACUGCUGCGCUGACUGAAGCUAGCAGCACAGCUGCCACCACAUCCAGUCAUCAUCACGAUGGCAGCACUUUUUGAGUUACAAUAUGUCGCUGCCAUCAUCCACCCGAUCAGCCGCAUCAGCCACACAAGCCAUCCUCAUCCACGUCCACAUCAAGCGACACUGACACGGCCACGGCCACUGAGAGCUCCGAUGCAAGUUCAUCUACGCAAUCGGUUACUCCACCGCCGCCAGCGCCACCACCACCACCGCCAGCGGCUGCAAAAGCUGCGUACGCGCAUUUUCAAUGCCAAACUCCGGGACCCUCAUCGCAUUACUGCCAGGACUGUCUGUCAUCGCCAUCGCCCACGCCCACCAUUAUUACGGAGCAGGCGCUGGUGCAUGUCCAUGCCGCACAGCAGCCAACACUGGAGGUGCCGCCGCAUAUUGAACAUUGCUCCUGUGGUCUCACCUUCUCAGUGCAGCAA